UCUAUCUAUCUAUCAGUUCUUAAAAAUAAUUUAAAUCGUGUGAAAGUUUGAGAAUGCCGUUUUAUAGAUGAUCCAUUACUUUUUAAGAAUAUUCACGGAUGUAUUAUUUUAUUAGCGCCAUCACGUCUAAAAUAGUGUAUAAUGUAAUUUUUUGAAACAGUAGAAGUGCACAAAAAACAGUUAUAUUCAAUAAUUUGUAUUUGGAAUGGUCUUGCUUGCAAGAAAACUGUGUAAUUCCACACAAAAUAAGUUAUAUUGCUAAACAAAAAAUGGCUCUGUAUUUAAGAGACAGCAUUGUAUGAGAGAGCUCUGCACCAAUCACGUAAUAGAACGUACAAAAGUGAUCUACUACGUCCCCCAGUCAGAGCAGCAGAACAAUGAAGAGAGCUGAAGAGAGAGGGAGGUAGCUUCACAUGCCGGUAUGAAGCCGAUUACAACAAAACGGACACCUACAGUGGAUUGUAUUACCUCGAAAUGAAUAUCUAUUCUUUGAUAAAUUGUUCAUAAAAGAGGAAUAUGUUGACGGAAUGGGAAAAUAUAUCGUGAAAAUGAGACGCAAGGAGAAUGGAGAAUCUAUAUGGGCUGCGCGUUGGCUAUUCGUCUCUCUUUUGUGGAAUACAGUUGGAGCUCUGACUCGCUAUACUAUACCAGAAGAACUAAAAGAGGGUUCAGCCAUUGGAAAUAUCGCUAAGGAUCUUGGUUUUGAUGUCUCAGAUAUCGCAAAUCGCAAUAUGCGGAUAGCAUCUGAGAACAGCAGGCAGUAUUUCAGCGUUGAUUCAGAAAAGGGUGUGUUGGUUGUGAACAGUAGAAUUGACAGAGAAAGUCUGUGCCCUCAAAGCGCUAGCUGCAUUUUGCCAUUACAGGUUAUCAUAGAAAAUCCGUUACAGUUGUAUCGAGUCGAGAUAGAAAUACAAGAUAUAAAUGAUAACGCACCAAUUUUUCAAACAACAGACGGUGUUUUGGAAAUUGCUGAAUCCAUCACUCCGGGAGACCGAUUUCCGCUUGAGAGUGCAGAGGAUUUGGAUGUUGGGAGGAAUAGUUUGAAAUCUUAUUCGUUAAGCAAUAACGAAUGUUUCCGAUUAAAUGUAAAAACACUUGCGGAUGGUAGGAAAGUACCAGAACUUGUAGUUGAUAAACCACUGGACAGAGAGAAAAAGUCUGUCCACAAGCUAACUUUAACUGCUGUAGAUGGCGGUGAGCCUGCCAAAUCUGGGACUACAUUAAUACGUAUCAAUGUUCUAGAUAGUAAUGACAAUGCUCCAAAAUUUGACUUGCCAACAUACAAAGCAUCCCUACGAGAAGGUGCUCCAGUUGGUUCAUCUGUAUUAACAAUAAAAGCCACGGAUUUAGAUGAAGGUGACAAUGGCGAGAUACAAUAUUUUUUAGGUAUGCAUACACCCGAAACUAUAAGAAAAUUUUUUGCUUUGAAACCAGACUCGGGAGAAAUUACAGUUAUAGGAAAUAUUGACUACGAAUCUACUAAAUCAUACAGAUUUGACGUCAGUGCAAAGGACAAAGGAAACCCAGAACUAAUGGGUCAUUCGUCGGUCCAUAUAAACAUAAUUGAUGAAAAUGACAAUCCUCCAGAGAUUAUUUUAACCUCAUCACCCAGCCCUGUGCCAGAAAAUGCCUCUGUCGGAACAGUCGUAGCUUUAAUCAAUGUCAAGGAUUUAGAUUUUGAUGCUAAUGGCAGAGUAAACGUAAAUGUAUCACCUGGGUUUCCAUUUACAUUGAAACCGUCCUUUGACAAUCAUUAUUCACUGGUAACAGACUCAUCUUUAGAUCGUGAGGUCAAUGCAGAAUAUAACAUAGAAAUAGUAGCGACCGACUCUGGUGUACCACCCUUAAAGACAGUUAAGACAGUAAAUGUUAAAGUACUUGACGUGAAUGACAACCCUCCAAAAUUCUCACAGGUCUCAUAUAAUGUUUAUAUAAAUGAAAAUAGCGUAGCAGGUGUUUCAUUAUGUUCUGUAUCUGCAUCUGACAUUGAUCUAGAUAAAAACGCUUUACUCACGUACUCAAUUUUAGAUUUAAGUUCAAACCAAGUGCCAGCAUCAUCUUAUUUUUAUAUAAAUUCUGAGAACGGAACUAUUUACAGCAUGAGCUCAUUUGAUUAUGAGAAAAUGCAACAAAUCAGUGUUAUAGUGCAGGCUAAAGAUCAUGGCUCUCCACCUCUGAGCAACAACGCCACUGUUCAUGUGUUCAUUCUGGACCGGAACGAUAAUGCACCUGCUAUCGUUUACCCGUCCACAUCCAUGGGGUCUGUUACUCAUCAGAAGAUGCCCCGUUCUGCUAAAGCAGGACAUCUCGUUACUAAGGUAACAGCAGUGGACGCGGACUCGGGUCAUAACGCCUGGCUGUUCUACAGGCUCGCGGAGGCCACAGACGCGUCUCUGUUCAGUGUCAAUUUACAUACGGGAGAGGUGAGGACUAAACGCGCUGUUUCAGAGCACGAUGACUCCUCUCAGAGACUGCUGAUAGAAAUAAAGGAUUAUGGAGAACCGAUUCAGUCCACCACAGUCACAGUGGAUAUACUGAUAGAGGACGGGUUUCAUGAACCCAUUUCAGACUAUAGAGAAAAAACUUUCGACCCCAACAAGAAAACUGGCAAAAUUACUUUAUAUCUGAUCAUCUCUUUGGCUUCCGUGUCUUUGUUAUGUACUUUGACAUUUUUCAUCUUACUGGUGAAAUGUGCGCGAGGCAGUAGAGGCGUCUCAAGCUGCUGUAUCAGGAGGACAAAUUCUGAAUACAAGAACCCCAAAAGAAACCUGCAGAUCCAGCUCAACACUGACGGGCCCAUUAAAUAUGUGGAGGUUCUGGGAGGAGACAUGAUGUCUCAGAGUCAGUCAUUUGGCUCCUAUCUCUCUCCAAUGUCAGAAUUCAGUGACCUUACCCUCGUUAAACCCAGCAGCACCACAAACUUUACAGACACGCUAAACGUGCUUGAUGCGUCACUACUAGACACCGCGUGGACGUUCGAAAGCCAACAGCAAAAGCCCCCAAAUGCUGACUGGCGAUUUCCCCCAAACCAAAGGCCUGGACCCAGCGGCCAACACAGGUUCCACACCCUGCAGCAGAGAUGGACUCCAUACGAGAAGUCCAGGGCUGGAGCUCAUCCUGAUGAGGCAGGUGCCAGUGCUGGUGUGAUAGCGGGAACAAGACCGUGGCCCAACCCCCCUACCGAAGCUGAACAGUUCCAGGCUCUGAUGGUGGCAGCGAACGUAAGUGAAGCCACUGCAACUCUCGGCCCUCGCUACAAUCCACAGUACGGCCCGGACUACCGCCAGAAUGUCUUCAUCCCGGGUAGUACAGCCACCCUCAUGGCCAACCCUCAGCAACAGGUCCCCCAGCAGGCCCUUCCCCCUCCCCAGGCUCUUCCUCCUGUUGAAGCCCCCAAGGCAGCUCAGACGCCUGCCAGCAAGAAGAAGCCAACUAAGAAAGACAAGAAGUAAGACGCGUGGAAGCACUAUCAAAGCUGCAGAAAUAUGUCGCCAGGAUCUGAGCGUGUCUCCUCAAAAAAACAUGGUUUGGUUAAAGAAUCAACAAUCUUUAGAUUUAAUGUUCUUCUCUGUGAGGUUUUCAUUUGUUUGUUUUAGAUUUACCUAUCUUCAUUUAUUGUAUUUUGAAUUGCAUUACAGUAUCUUACUCAAUAAACCCCAAAAAUCAAGCAUUUCCUUUUCUGUCGCUGAAACAAAGAACGACUGAACAAGAGAUGUGUUCAGAUUCCUGAAGCUCUUUCUCUGACAGAUAACUCUGUCCUGUAAAAAGCAUUACUAAAACAAGAAGAAAAUAUACAUUUCUUCUUUUUUUUCCAAAUGUCAUGUUUCAACUUUCUUUCUUUCUUUUUUUUCUUUUUAUUCAAAGCAAAUUAGAUGCUUCUUGUUGUUACAAAAUGAAAUGCUUGUAGGCUUUUUAACAAUGUGCCACAAAUCUCAUCUUCACUGAAAAAAAGAGUAUUAAGCUGAACUAUGCAUUGAAAAUUGGAUACUCAAAAAAGGGCACAUGAACGUAUAUUUAACUAGUUUUUGGAGUAAGAGAAUACAUUUACAUUCGGUGAGACACUGGGCUGUUGUCAUGGUAUUUAACAAUAGAUUCAGUCUUCUCAUUAACUUCUUAAUGAUUAAGUUAAGCAGAGCUGAAUGUUAGGUUAACAGCAUUUGACUAUUCUUUGCUUUUAGUUCCUGUUAGCUUGGUAUAAGAAUCCUGGAAACGCAAGUAAUGUAAACAGUGUUUUUAAAAAUCAGAAAAGAUGUCUCAUCCGUUGUAAGGUCAAGAUUGGAGAAAGAUUUGAGUCAAAGUGAAUGUGCUAAGAGUUAAUGGAAAACAUGAAGUGAACCACAAAAAAAUGAAACAAAUAAUGAACAUGUGGAAAGACUAAUGACUAACACUGUAACACUGUACUUGAAUGGAUCUUAGAUGGAAGGAUUCUACCCAUUGUUCUGCACCAACCACCACCACAGUGUAUAUAAAAUGUGUAACCUGUCUGUACAAACAUUAGAGCCACAAGGGCUGGCUGUCACAGGAAUGUUUCAGUAUUUUAUUUUAUUUUAUUUUUUUAAAAAAGCAACAAAAAAGAGGAUAGAAAAAAGAUCCAAUGUAGUAUUGUAGGAAGAAAAGCUUCAAGAUCAUUGACUAACCAAACUAUACAUACUACAACUUCUGAAGACAUGCAAUCGUAGUUUAAGGCUUGUGAAGUAUGUGCAUAUUUUUGUGUUUUUCACCUUUGAUUACACUUUCUUUCCUUUCCUCCAAUGACCUACAACUUUGAAAGAUAACAGAUGAUACUUAAUGCCUUUAGAGUACCACCCGUCCCCACAUCUUACUGUACUUUUCUGUGCUUGUAAUUCCAAUCAGUCGGUAAUGAUACUGGAAUGCCACUCCUGUCUGUUUGACUAUGAAUAUCGAUCUAUCUAUCUAUCUAUCUAUAUAUAUAUUUAAAUGUCUGUCUGCUGCUUGGCUAACUUUCUGUAUUUGACUGUGAUUCCUUUUAAGAAAUGCUUAGCACCUCAUGUUACCCUUUUUAUUUUAUAAGCUAAUAUUUAUAUCGCUGUUGAUUUAGGUUUUACUUUAUUAUUGGAACUUACAUUUGAAAUAAAAUUUUGUCAGAACUCACA